AUGGAGCAAUCGCACCGCGACACGACGCGUCGUGAUGCUCAUUCCAAUGGUGGCACCCGUCGCACUUAUUCCAUCGAAUUCCAUCGCAAUGGAUUCAGACGGCACAACAUGGAACAAUACGAGGGCAAUCAAUUGGAGAAGGACUCGGCACCCCUCAUGGAGGAUUCGGUUACCACAUUAAGGUCGGCCCCGCAAGCCGGGCCAGAAUCGCGCCAGCGCCGCGAUCGCGGGGGCUCGGGAGCCCAGCCGCCGUCAACUGGAGUCGCUGCACGUCCAACGCCCAGUGGUGGUCCGCCGGCGAACCGUGAUCCCCUCAUGAGGGGAAAAUUUCGGAGGAGGGGCGCAUUCGUCUCACCAUAA